CGACAACACGAUCAACAGUUAAAAACUUGAAGAGCAACGAAAUUUCCGUGUCUGAAGGCCAAACGAACUUUAUUUUUGCCUUACAUUAAAGAAGGAGAAGGGGGAAAAUGAUUCCGCCAGCCGAUUCUCUUCUGAAAUAUGACAAUCCAGUGUUGGUCAAAACCAGCUCAGGAGGAAGAUAUCCGAAGGUGGGCCAAGUACGAACGAUCCCUCAGCAGUCCACUGACUCCAUACCAAUUCCACCACUCCCCAAAUCCAAAACAGCAUCCAGUGAAGGCAACAAGCUGGAAAACGAGGAGAUCCUGGAUGCCAUCCUCCCACCCAGGGAAUGGACAGAAGGAAACCAGCUGUGGGUGCAGAAGGUAUCCAGUGCACCUUGUACAAGAGCAGACAUUAUCCACCUGGAGGAGAAGCUGGACACAAAGCUGGAGCAGAGACAGGCCAGACACACAGGCAUCUGCCCUAUCCGCAGAGAACUUUAUUCUCAGUGUUUCGAUGAAUUAAUCAGACAGGUAACCAUCAUCUGUGCCGAGCGGGGUCUGCUUCUGCUGCGAGUCAGAGAUGAAAUCAACAUGACCAUCGCAACCUACCAGACGCUGUACGAAAGCAGCAUCGCUUUUGGCAUGAGGAAGGCGCUGCAGGCGGAACAGGGAAAGGCGGACAUAGAGAAAAGAAUUGAGGAUCUGGAGAAAGAGAAGCAGGAGCUGCUGAAACAACUGGACGAGCAGAAGGCGAGGUGUGACGCUAUCGAGAGGAGAGAAAAAGAGAAGAGACAGGUGGAGGAAAGGAAGGAUAAUGAAGAGAUUCAGUUUUUGAAGAAAACCAAUCACCAGCUUAAGAUACAACUGGAAGGAAUGAUUACGCCGAAGAAGUGAAACCUUACAAGCAGGGUAGCGGAUUUGAAUACAAACUGAUUUUCCCCUUCCGUUUGAUAAAUAAAUGAGCUGACACUAUAGACCGUUUUU